AUGGGUUGCAUUUUCUUGUUUUGUCUCUCCUCCCUGCACAUGCGUACUUCCAAAUGUGGUGCUGCCUUUCCACUUCCCCCUUUCCACUUCCUCCUUUCCACUUCCCCCUUUCCACUUCCCCCUUCACUUCCCACUUUCCACUUCCCCCUUUCCACUUCCCCCUUUCCACUUCUCCCUUUCCACUUCUCCCUUUCCACUUCCCCCUUUCCACUUCCCCCUUUCCACUUCCCCCUUUCCACUUCCCCCUUUCCAAUUCUCCCUUUCCACUUCCCCCUUUCCACUUCCCCCUUUCCACUUCCCCCUUUCCACUUCCCUCUUUCCACUUCCUCCUUUUCACUUCCCCUUUUCCACUUCCCCCUUUCCAUUUCCCCCUUUCCACUUCCCCCUUUCCACUUCCCCAUUUCCACUUCCCCAUUUCCACUUCCCCUUUCCACUUCCCCCUUUCCACUUCCCCAUUUCCACUUCCCCAUUUCCCACAUGCGUAUUGCAAACCGCCGUGCUGCCUUUCCACUUCUCCCCUUGCGCUUCCCCCGUUCAGCUGGCCCCUUUGGCACGUUCGUCCUUUUAGUGUGUAGCUCUGCAUCCUCCCCUAGCCUUCGCCUUCCCCUUUCCCCGCUUCCGCUGUUAGCCGUGCUAGCGGACUGCACGUAUGUGGGCAUGGUGGAUGAGAGGCGCCUGUUGCUGCAGCACUCCACGUCGUUCUACCUCGUUGAUGCUGUCGGCGUCAGGUGGGAUGGGGGUGUCAGCAAAGAGCUGAUGUGGCAGCAGGCAAUUUGUCACUUCGCGUGCUUCACGUGCAUGACGCUGCACCUGGCCCCACUGCUCGCCGAUCUGCUGGUGCUGGUGCUGGAGGAGGAGGAGCGGGAGGGCAGGCGCACGCAGGCUCAUGGGAGCAAGCAGGAGAUGGUGGAGGAGAGUUGGAGCCCAGUGAGGGUCACUGUGAUCGUAAUGCAGCCGACUGUGCUGCUCUAA